AUGGUCAGCACAACUCCAUCCGAGCCAUCUCCCCAAGCCCGCAUCCGCGACAACCAACGUCGAUCCCGCGCCCGCCGGAAGGAAUACCUCCAGGAACUCGAAACCAAAUACCGAACUUGCGAACAAAUCGGCGCCUCUGCAUCCACAGAAAUCCAAGCCGCGGCCAGGAAAGUCGCCGAUGAAAACCGACGGCUGCGAGUCCUUCUCCAAUCACAUGGCAUAUCG